UGCAUCUCCCUCAUUCAGAUGCUGCCACACCUGCUGCACUCAAUGAAAAUACCAUGACAAACCUUGGCGAACUUUUAAGCCGGGCUGGUGUUGCUCGUGACAAGCAGUGCUUGCUCAAAAUAUUCAGUGGAAAUUUGUUCUUGGGAGCCUGUGUUAAAAUGGUGAUUUGACAAUGCUGUGAAUAACCUUACAGGCCAAAUGCCUCCUCCCGUGGAAGCGCCUUCAACGGAGGAAGUCCAGGUAGCCCCCAAGAAAACAAAGAACGCUGGCUAUGCUGAGUGGACAAGUGGCGAAACAAAGCUGCUGCUUGAUUACUACGAACGUUACUUUCCCCAAAUGGGACCACCAAAAAAAUUUAAAAACAAAAAAUGUGUAUUUAUUAGAAUCUCUGAAGACCUACAGACCAUACUUAAAUCACAAAAAACGCCAGAGCAGUGUAAUACAAGACUGAAAACGAUACAAAAGCGGAAGCGACAAGCAGUCAACUACAACGGCCGUUCAGGUGUGGGACCUGUCGACGUUCCUUAUGAGGAUGAACUGGAUAGAAUCAGCAUGAUGGAUGAUAGUAUCGAGCCGGAGGUCAUCAGGGACGUGCAUGGGGCAACGCACAAGAAGGCUAUGCCAAGCAGUCAAGCGAGGGCGGCCGCAGCAGCUGCCGCAGAAGCAGCUGCCGCAGAAGCAGCUGCAGCAGAAGCAGCUGCAGCAGAAGCAGCUGCAGCAGAAGCAAUACCAACACCAGCCGACAGUGCCGUAGCCAGCACAUCCUCUACAAGCUCAGAGGAGUCGUCCCAACCAGCCAGCAGUGCAGGCACCCCUCAUCGUUCAGGAAGGGUGAACUCUGCACGCAUGGAGCAUAUGAAGGAGUUCUUCACUGAGAUGGCGAAGCUUGAGGAAGCAAGAGCAGUACGAAAAGCACAACAGGACGAGUUGAAGGAAGAAAGGCAUGCAGCCAAAAGGAUGAUAAAGGAAGAGAAGUGUGCAGCCAAAAGGAAGCUAAAGGAAGAGAUGCGGCUGGAACGACAAGAAAUGCACCGAGAGAAAAUGCGGCUUCUCGCCAUGCUUGUGACCCAGCCUGAGACGAAACAGGAUUGAAAGA